AUGAUGGCGGCAUUUGCAAAGCUCCUUUUUGGAAUUUCGUUUUUCCCCGUUAGUUUGACGAUUAAUCCGUUUGUUUGGAAAGGUACUCGUUGGUGUGGAUACGGAUCCUUGCCUACUCUAAAUAGCACAAUGGUACCUCUAAAUGAAAGCCAUUCUUCAACAACUGAUUUAUGCUGCAAAAAUCAUGACCACUGCCCGCUUUUUAUUCCUAGGUGGAAGUCGAAGUACAAUUUGUUAAACUGGAGACCGUUUACGAUAAGUUCGUGUGACUGUGACCGAAAAUUCAAAUCUUGUUUAAAAAAUGAUUCCUCAGUUACCGCGAAUGAUAUAGAUAGGAUAUAUUUUAGUAUUUUAGAAGUACCUUGCUUUAAUAUAGAAUAUAAAGUCGUUAAAAAGUGUCUGGAUAAAACAUGGUUCUUAGUUUGCAAAAAUGUUACUAUGGCAAUGGAAGCGCAUGCUUUGCUUGAUAAAAUUUAGUCUGAUUUUUUUUAAACGUCAAUAUGUUUAACAUUUAUUUGAAAGUGGGUUUCUACUGUUUUAUUUCCUUGUUAUUCGAAUUUAUAUUUCUUACUGUGGAGUUUAUAAAGUUAUAGUUUCUGUCAUUUCUUUGGAUGGUUAAAAUUAUGGCUUGAAACCAUGAUAUAAUAGAUAAAAAUUUCAAAUUCAAUUUUA